CCGACGAACAAGUGCGCGAGCGAUCUAUACAUCAAGUGAUAGUGCCUUUUACCAAGCUUUUCACCUAUUUUUUAUAACACAAACAUCUACAGGAUGUACCGGGAAGCUGUAGGGUGGUCACUGACCUUUCUCCUCCUGUCCAGUACCAUCUCGACUAGCUCGUCCUACCCAAACCAUGCUAUAUCCACCCCUCAGAUGGAGCACGGCGGCUUCAGGCCCAUCGUCCAAUCAGAAUCGCAGCAGAUCCAACAGCAACCAAUCAGAGAAGAGAGGAAAUUUGCAGAGAAACCGAACGCCAUCAAGAAAGUAGCCCUGGAUGAUCUGGAUAAUGAUAUCCAGACCAAUCAGAUUUCUGAGAGCACUGGGGGUGGAUUCAGUUGGUCCAGCUUGUUAGGCAUGGUGAUGCAAAUGAUCUUCAAUCCCGGCGGCGGUCACCAAGGACCAAACAAGUCCGAGGGUCUCGACGAAGGACCGGUGUCAACAUCUCCAUGGGCCAACUUGCUCUCAGUAGGUCUGAAGAUCCUCACCGCCAUUUUGGGUGGAGGUCAAACGAGCGAAGGCAUCGAUAAAGUAGACAAUGGUAACUCUCCAAUGCAGGGUAUCUUGGCAGCGGUGUUACCGGCAGUGCUAGGGGCCAGGGAUCCGGAUCAGGUCAAUAUGAUGGCGAAACAGGCCAGUGAGUUCAUCAACAUCGUAGUAAAUCUUCUGGACGCCCUCAAGACCUCAUUCUCACACAGAUCUUUGGCGGCUCGUAAUCUGGGACGCAAAGAUUCAGUCAGCGAUGCUGCAGUUGCCGGAAUCGCCAUGGCCAAGGGGUACAUGCGGUCAUUGAACACAAAUAACGACAGUUGUAUGCAGAGGUAUAUCUGUGAAGCAACAACUGAAUGCUCAAACGACGUAGGACAGAGUUCUCUAUAUUGCCAUCUGGGAAGCUAUGCCGUUAGCUUCAUCCUAGACAAAUCAGUAGGCUCCUCGUUCGAUGUCCUCUACGAAGCUGGCAGACGAGGAAGGUACGGCGAUAACUGUCAACAACAAUUUUUGGAGUGCAACGAGGUUUAAUAUGGCAGGAUACCAUCAUAGGAACUAAAUGUGCUUUUCUAUUCGAGAAAAGCAGUCAGAUAUUUUAGAGUUAAAGUUAUCGAAAAUUUUAAGUUAUUAUUGCAUUUAAUUCUUUGACUGUAUUCGAAAAUAGUUUUGAAUUAUGGUACAGCAAAAAAACUAGAUGCAAAGAAUAAGACUCUUCCUGGAACUUUUAUAGGAUCUAUCGAUGAAUUUUGUACUUGAGUCAGACACUGAAAUAACGGAAAACUUUCUAUGUUGGAAGAUAUGUAUUGUUGGAUAUCUAUUUAAAAAAGCGUUAACAGAGAACUUGAGUCACGAAAAAAUCGCCAACAUACACAAGGAUGACUAUUCUGCGACGACUUUAAAAAAAUGUACGCAGAAUUUUUUACUAAGAAUACAAUGUAUCAGUGGAGUAUAAACAAAAAUUGUAUAUAUUUAUUGCUUGGUUAGAGUGGAAUAGAAAAGCAUAAAAUAUUUUCCCGUUAUAUCUUGUUA